AUGUCCUCCUCAAUAGAGCCGCUCACCGAGGCUCAAAAGGAACACUUCAGACAGAAUGGCUGGCUGAAGCUAAGCAACUGCUUCACCAAAGACCAAGCGGACUGGGUCGCCAAAGACGUCUGGACCCGACUCGGCAUGGACCCCAACGAUAAAUCGACCUGGAGGCACCGCACCAACAUGCCCCACCACCGCACCUUUGACGUCUCCGAGUACGCCCCGAAAGCCUGGGCGGCCAUCUGCGAGGUCUGUGGCGGCGAGGACCGCGUGGCGCCCGAGUCGAGGGAGUGGCGGGACUCGCUCAUCGUCAACCUCGGAAGCGACGAGUUCGAGGGCCGCGAGUCCGACCCCAAGGGCCUGGACAACUGGCACGUGGACGGAGACUUCUUCGUCCACUACCUCGACUCCCCGGAACAAGGGCUCCUGGUGAUCCCGCUCUUCACCGACAUCGUCCCGGGCGGCGGCGGGACCUUCAUCUGUCCUGAGGCGAUGCGUAAGGUCGCGAGGCACCUGCACGACCACCCGGACGGCGUCUCGCCGCGGAUGGUCCCGAGAGACGACCCGGACUUUGCGAAGGAGAAGGACCUCAAUUGGUUUAACCUGCUCGCCGGUGGCUGUAGCGAGUUCGUCGAGGCCUGCGGCGAUGUCGGCGACGUCUACCUGCUUCACCCCCUGAUGCUACAUAGCGCCUCGUGGAACCCCCUGCGGCGGCUACGAAUCAUCACAAACCCCCCCGUCUUCCUGAGGCAGCCCAGGGUUUUCGACCGGCCGGACGGGGCUUACAGCCUGGUGGAGCAGGCAACCUUGAGGGCCCUGGGCGCCGAGUCGCUGCCCGGGUGGGAGAUCACGGCGGCUCGGGAGCAGGUCAUCCCCGAGAGGCUCAAGGUCCAGGAGCAGAUGAAGCAAGAGGAGAUGCGGCGGCUUGCAGCCAGUAGAUGA